AUGAUUCUUGACGCCCAAACCCCGGACGGGGAAGCCGCAAUGCCGUCCCUUCUGGCGGGCGGAGACAACGCGGGUGUCGUCCCCGUCAAAUUGACGGAAAAACUCGAGGUGUUAACCCACGCGCCACAGUGCGAGUUGUUGGGUGAAUUCGGUAGCUUUGGCUGGUGGCUCCAAGGCGUCCUUGCCGUUCUUUCCUUCUCCUCGCUCCUCAUCAAGCGCUGGCAGGAAAAGCCUCGAAGGCCACUAAAGGUUUUCUGCUUCGACACCCUCAAGCAAAUCACCGGCUCUGGAGUUCUUCACAUACUGAACUUGGUGUUCGCGUCCCUGCUGUCUUCCGUCUCGACCGAGGACGCCGACCCGUGCGAGUGGUACUGGCUAAACAUAAUGGUUGACACAACGCUGGGUGUCUACGUCCUGCAUCUGCUGGUGGAGUGGAUGACCCGGUGGCGGAGCCUGACUGGAAGCACCGCCUUUGGCUACUAUGGGAAUCCGCCGGCGUGGCGCGCCUGUCUGCGUCAAGUACUCGUGUGGCAGGUCAUUGUGUCGGCGAUGAAGAUGCUCAUGGUCCUCGUGAUGGUCGUGGGCCAAACACCUCUCACGUGGAUAGCGGCGGCGCUUCUGAAUUCCCUAGAUGACCAACCCCGUGUGAAGCUGGUGGUGGUUAUGGUGUUGACGCCUCUGACCAUGAACACGAUCCAGUACUGGAUCACUGACAACAUUAUCAAGCGCAAACCCGGAACGAGCUACGGCCAGAGACAGUCGGACUGGCCACAAGGACGAGAAACUUACCAUCCCGUAGAAGCUCUCAGACGCCACGACGGAGGAUCCUCGAUCUCUGAGGACGUCUGUCUAGAAGACAAAGCGUGA